AUGCAGAACCUACUUUGGUUCUGCAUCACAUGCAGACUUCUUGAAACGGGCUCAUGGAUACAUAUAGGAGAAAAUAUGGAGAGCCUCAUUGAUGCACGAUGCCUGAAGGGACCGGAAAAGAGAGACCGUUUGCAUUUGAAUGCACCCGGCGUUUCGUUGGUAGUGAAGAUCGCUUCUGACGUUCCUUGCCCACGCAAGCAGCACACAGUUACCUUUUCAAUCAAAGCAGCUACGUUUGCUGCGAGAGUCCUUCGCCUCCGCGAUGGCUGUGACACUGCAUGUGCGGGCGACACGGUCUUCUGCCUCCCAAAACUCUGUGCACCGGCAAGCUUCGGAGGAUUCGUCGCUUCGCAUGAGAGAGCCGAUACGUUAAGAACACCGGAAGAUUUUAGUUCUCUCUGGUUCUUGCAGUAUGGAUACAAGCUUCCUCCAGAGGCAACCAAAACAAUCGUGAAGGUGUCCUUCGGCUACUUAACACUUCAUUAUCCAGUUGGAUGUUGUUGGCGUUCGAAGCUUAUCGAGCUGCCUCAUAUUACCAGCGACAUCCGGCGGAUCAUUGCAACGAAAGUUUUCAAGUCAUGUUCUGACCUGCGAGUAAUUGGAGAUGCAUCAAUCAGGCUACUUUCCAUGCGCCAGUCGCUUCAAGUAUCUGCGGCGUGUCUGGAGCAUGCGAGAAAUUUACUCCGAACCAUAGAACCGAACCCAGACUCAGAUGUGUCAAGGGCACGGGACACACCAUGGGAACGAGAAGGCGAAGCAUGUUAUCUGGAAAAUCAAAGUGAAACAGACGCUUUCGAGAAGCUUAAUAUGAAGCUGGAACAUCGCCGACAGGCCCCCGUCGUUCUUCCAGUGCGGCCUCCGCACCACUGUCUUAUUGAACGGGAGCGACCAUGCUACAGUGUUCCUUUGCUUCCUAUUACCGAACAACUGGAGAGUUUCAACAUUUUGGAGGGCGAUCAUGUUCUGUCGAAUGGCAGUGCCUUCACCAAAGACGAUUCCGUAGCUGAUUCAAUCGCAAAACGGAGUCGGAGGAUUCUGCCCCCCCUUGGAACAUAUGGCGUUGGAAACCGUACAAACUACCUUCCAAUCGACCGCGCUCAAAACCCACUGCGACGAACGACGGCCAGGACAACCGACGCCACUGGGACCAAUGACAUGAAAUCUACUAGCGAUGCAGCUCGCAAGUUUCCACCCGGGCCGACAGCUCACUAUACCCAGGAGCGCCUUGCUGUUGACGAAACAUCUUCACGCCGCAAGAUUCCGAAGGGUGCCAAAGGGGUGCAGUGUGCCCAACUAAACGCCUCCGUGAACAGGACAAAGACACCUGAUGUUUCUCGCCAGUCCUCCACGCCCAGUUUAUAA